AUGGAUUCUCGCAGGGACUACGGAGAUGAGAGAGGAGGGUCUGAUGGAAGAAGAUCGGGCUACGAGUCUUCGCGAUACAGCGAGGACGGAAGAAGGGAAGGCCGAGACAGAGGCGAUAGGCGGGAAGACGAUCGCGAGGGUCGAAGCUCACGAGAUGUGAGAAGAGAUCGCGAGCGAGAGGGCUGCUACCGGUCUUCCGACAGAGACAGAGAGCGCGCCCGCUCGGGUCGAGACGACUAUCGCGACAGUGGCGCGCGCGACCGAGGCGAGCGGCGAGACUACGACAGAGAGAAAGGCAGCCGCGGCAGUCGUUCAGACAGUACGUAUCACAGCAGCGCCUCCUCCGCAGACCGUUACCACUCCAGUUCGAGUUCUUACGGCCACCCUUCUUCGUACUCAUCGCGGGCAGUCUACGGUCGCGGCGGCUCUCGCAGUCGCUCUGCGGAGCGGGGCCGUGGCGACAGAGACCGCCAGCGAACUCCGUGUCCGCCUGCAAACGGGAGCAAAGACCGCCGCGGCCGCGACAGGGGGGAAGGUGGGCGGCAGCGGCGACGCCCGACGCGAAGCGGCAGCCGCAGCAGCCGCAGCAGCCGCAGCAGCAUGGCUGACAGUGGAGACAGCGGAAAGGAGGAGGACCUGAGUGAAGAGCAAAUGCUGCAGAAACUCAUGGGCUUUGAGGGAUUCGCCUCCACCAAGGGGCAAGACCACACCGCGUCGAGCAUGUCGGGUGUGAACAAGAAAACCAAACGAAAGUUCCGCCAAUAUAUGAACCGAAAGGGAGGUUUCAACCGCCCUCUCUCGCCCGUGUUUUAA